CGAAGGCGGGAGGGCAGAGCAUGUCUCCUCCCGACCGGCUUCCUGCGGAGACCGAGGGCUCCCCCAGGCAAGUCCUCCCCACCGAGCAGAUUCCAGGAACAGAUGAAGAUAAAAUGGAGGACGGCUGUUCUCAGAAAUUGGCCUCCGCAAAAUACUUCAGGCUCUUAUUGCUAAUACUAAUUCCUUGCAUCUGUACCCUUAUACUUCUGUUUGUGAUUCUUCUUUCAUUUGUAGGUGUGUUGGGUAAAAAGUGCCUUCAUUCAAAUGGAAGUGACAUUCAUUUUCCUAACGUGAAUAAGAGUGAUUCGGUUGUGGUUCCAUCAGUGGACAAUAAAAUAGAGCUGACCUCUUGGACAACGAACCAUGUCAACCAGACUCACCCAAAUAUUAGUAUAUUUAGAGGAACCUCUCAGGUUGACUCUGAAACUCCAGCAGGGAAAACGAAUCUUACAGAGGAAAGGAUUUUGACCAAUGAAAACCGGUCAACGGCAGAGGAGGCAGUAGAAGAGGAGCUGGGGUCCCCUCACCCGUCCGCCAAAGUCACGAGCAAGACAGUUUAUGACCCUACUGUGAAACCUACAAUACCGCCCGCUGUGCAAGACGUUGGUCCGAAAAAAGGUUUGUGCAUAAACAUCAACUACAGCCAAUGUGAAAUGCUGCCAUAUAACCAGACCACUCUAAGAUCAGUUCUUUCCAUUGUGAGAAGCAUUGAAAUGGAAAAAUUUCUCAAGUUCUUUAGUUAUCUCAAUCGCCUCGGCUGUUAUCAACACAUUAUGCUGUUUGGAUGUAGCCUUGCUCUUCCCCAGUGCAUCAGCGAUGGUGUCAACAGUCAUGGACUUCUGCCUUGUAGAUCGUUUUGUGAAGCUGCAAAGAAAGGAUGUGAACCAGUCCUUGCAAUGGUCAAUUCUUCUUGGCCAGAGUUCCUUGCCUGUUCCCAUUUCCAUAACAACACUAAAAGUAACAAUACCACCAAGGUCUGCUUCUCUCCACAAGGGGAAAAAUGGAAAAGAUUACUUUGUGAAGACGAUGAAAGCUUCUUGUGCAGAAGUGGGGUUUGUAUCCCAAGGAUUCUGCAGUGCAAUGGCUUUAAUGAUUGUGAUGACUGGAGCGAUGAAAUGCAUUGCAAUUGCAGUGAAGAGCUUUUCCGCUGCGACACUGGAAGAUGCCUCAAUUAUACCUUUGUUUGUGAUGGUUAUGAUGAUUGUGGAGAUCUUACUGAUGAACAGAAUUGUGAUUGUAAUCCAGUGACUCAGCAUCAGUGUGGAGAUGGGAGAUGCAUAACCAUGGAUUGGAUCUGUGACGGUGAUCCUGACUGCCUAGACAAAUCAGAUGAAAGCAACUGUUCAUGCUACAGCCAAGGACUGGUGGAAUGCAGAAACGGUCUCUGUGUUCCUAGCGCAUUCCAGUGUGAUGGAGACAAUGAUUGCAAAGAUGGUAGUGAUGAAGAGAAUUGCGGUGGAAGCCAAAGAUUAUGCCAUGAAAGAGAUCAGAAAUGUAAUUCAACUUCCUGUGCUGGUUCUUGUAGCCAUUCCCCUCUCUGUGCCGUGAAUAACAACCACAUGAAUUGCAGUCAAUGUGAACACAUUACGCUGGAAUUAUGCCUGAACCUGCCGUACAAUUAUACGCAUUACCCCAACUAUUUAGGCCAUCAGACACAGAAGGAAGCCUCUAUUAGCUGGGAAUCUUCUCUCUUCCCAGCCUUGGUCCAAACUAACUGUUAUAAAUACCUGAUGUUUUUUGCCUGUACCAUCUUAGUGCCAAAAUGUGAUUUUCAAACAAAUGAACGUAUCCCACCAUGCAGGACUCUUUGUGAGCAGUCCAAAGAACGUUGUGAAUCUGUCCUUGGAAUUGUAGGUUUACAGUGGCCGGAGGAUACAGAUUGUGCUCAGUUCCCAGAAGAACAUUGGAACAAUCGAACUUGCCUGAUGCCUGAUGACAAUGUAGAAGAGUGCUCACCCAGUCACUUCAAAUGUCGUUCGGGAAGGUGCAUCUUGGCUUCCAGAAGGUGUGACGGGCAGCCAGAUUGCGAGGACGAUAGCGAUGAAGAGAACUGUGGUUGCAAAGAAAGAGGCCUGUGGGAAUGCCCGUCAAACAAACUGUGUAUUCCCCACGCAAUGAUAUGUGAUGGUUUUCCAGACUGUCUUGACAAUGUGGAUGAAAAAAAUUGCUCAUUUUGCAAGAAGGAUGAAAUUCCAUGUGCAAACCACGAGUGCAUACCCCGCGAGUGGUGGUGUGAUGGGCAAACAGAUUGUGCCGACAAAUCAGACGAAUGGAGCUGUGUGUCCCUCUAUAAAAACAGCAGCUCCUUGAUGUUCCUGACUGUAUAUAGGUCAGCUGCCAAUUAUUAUGUAUGUGCUGAUGACUGGGAAGAAAAUUUGAGCCGCCUGGCAUGCAAACAGAUGGGUUUUGGUGGACCAUUUGUGGCCGAACUUGUUCCAGUGUAUGAGCUUCCACAACAGGAGAAAUGGUUGAAUCUAGACCCUGAAUGGGAGAAGAAAAAUACGUCCACAUUGCAUGCUCUUUUAGUAACAGGGUUACCAUGUAAAAGCAAGAACGUGGUUUCUCUUCUCUGUGCCAAAGAAGAUUGUGGCCGUCGCCCUGCAGCUCGCAUGAGCAAGAGGAUUCUCGGUGGCAGGACCAGUCGCUCAGGACGUUGGCCGUGGCAGUGCUCGCUCCAGAGCGAGUCCAGUGGGCACAUCUGUGGCUGUGUUCUCAUAGCAAAGAAAUGGGUCUUAACAGUGGCACACUGCUUUGAAGGGAGAGAAAAUGCCAACGUAUGGAAAGUCAUUUUGGGCAUCAACAAUUUGGAUCAUCCGUCAGUCUUCACGCAAUCCCGCCUGGUGAAAACCAUUAUCCUGCACCCGCGUUACAACCGGGCCGUGGUGGAUUAUGACAUCAGUAUUGUGGAACUCAAUGAAGACAUCAACGAGACCAGCUACGUCAGACCAGUUUGCCUUCCCACCAGGGAGCAUCUAGUUAAGCCAAAUACCUAUUGCUACAUCACUGGCUGGGGACACAUGGGCAACAAAAUGCCCUUCAAACUGCAGGAAGGAGAAGUGCGCAUCAUUUCCUUGGACCAAUGUCAGUCCCACUUCGACAUGAAGACUAUCACAGUCAGGAUGUUAUGUGCCGGCUACGAGUCUGGAACUGUGGAUUCUUGCAUGGGUGACAGCGGAGGUCCGCUUGUGUGUGAGCAGCCGGCUGGACGCUGGACACUAUUUGGUUUGACUUCUUGGGGCUCUGUCUGUUUUUCCAAAGUUUUGGGUCCUGGAGUUUAUAGUAAUGUGUCUCACUUUCUCGAAUGGAUUGAAAGAGAAAUUUACCUGCACACGUUUUUGAUUCGCUGAGUCUUCAGUGCUGCGCUGACUGACCAAAAGCAACUGACUUGAGGACAACGGAACAGUGAAAACUUUGAAGAAGUGGAAGGCAUUUGAUGAAUUGUCAAUUUUACAGGUUGCAGAUGAUGAGCAACAGGGCAGGGAGUCAAAGAAUGUGUAAAUACUUUGGUGCCAAAAAGUGAUUCUGAGUUACAAUCUUGCAGUUAUUUCUGCCUGGUUUCUUAAGCAGUUGUGCUCUUCACCUUUCACUUCUCAUUCAUAAAAAUCAACCGGUUUCUAAUGUUUCACAAUAAGCCUCCUGCAGAAGUAUUAUUUUUUUCUAAAACAUAAAGAAAAGAGAAGAAAAACAUUGCUAAUAACCAAACAGCAUUUUUUUUAAAAAAAAAAAAACAUGGUCCCCGGUCUCUAGUCCAUCUGAGUUUUAUAAGCUGGACCCCACUGUGUUCUCUCCUUUGAACAGAAUCGGAUGUUUCAGUGCAACUAAGUUGGACAUCUGUUCAUAAUCAUAAUAACAGAGUUGAAAGGGACUUGGAGGUCUUCUAGUCCAACCCCCUGCCCAGGCAGGAAACCCUACAUCAUUUCAGACAAAUGGUUAUCCAACAUCUUAAAAAUUUCCAAUGUUGGAGCAUUCACAACUUCUGGAGGCAAGUUGUUCCGCUUAUUAAUUGUUCUGUCAGGAAAUUUCUCCUUAGUUCUAAGUUGCUUCUCUCCUUGAUUAGUUUCCACCCAUUGCUUCUUGUUCUACCCUCAGGUGCUUUGGAGAAGUUUGACUCCCUCUUCUUUGUGACAACCGCUGUUCAGAUACAGCUGUAUUAUUUAAAUCAGUUCUUAUUCUUUCUCCCAUGCUUAGUUUACUCCCCACAUAGAAUCAGUGCAGAACAAGCAUAUUAUCAUAGUAAUAUAAAACAUAUUGUUUAAAAAUAAGAAUCCGUGUAAAUAAGAAAUACAGAUGUAAAAUUGAGAGUAGCCAGAAUGGUUGGAUCAAAUAGUCUUUAUGCCAUCUAACUGCUAAAUGUAAUCCUAAUGAUAAUAUUGAUAAGGUCCAUUCAUCUGUGACCACCAAAACCUCCAAUAGAUAGUUCAAAUACGUGGCAGUACUUGAAAAAGUAAUAUGGAAAUGUUACAACUGCAUAUGCAUUGCAAUUCAUGACCCAGAGAAUAAUUAAGAAUGCCGUACUAGUAGUCCUUAACUUACAACCAUUCGUUUUAGUGACCGUUUGAAGUUACAAUGGCACUGAAAAAACGUAACUUAUGACCAUUUUUCAUACGACCAUUGAGGUAUCCCCAAUGUCAUGUGACCAAAAUCCAGAUGCUUAGCAACUGACUCAUAUUUAUGACGGUCGCAGUGUCGCAGAGUUAUGUGAUCACCUUUCGUGACCUCUGACAAGCAAGGUCAAUGGAGAAGCCAGAGUCACUUAACAACCAUGUUACUUAUUUAAGAACUGCAGUGAUUCCGUUAACAACAGUGGCAAGGAAGGUCGUAAGAUGGGGUAAAGCUCACUUAACAACUGUCAGACUUAGCAACAAAAAUUUGGGGCUCAAGUUAUGGUUGUAAAUUGAGGUAUCUCAGAGGCAUCUUCUACGAUAAUAGAAGUUUUUACCUGUUGCUAUUUCUCAAGGUAAAGCAAACUUGUUCCACUAUCGUUACAGUUGCUUUCUCCAAAUAUACAUAUAGUACAUGGGCAGCUAAUAGUCUAUUUUGGGAAUCUUUUGAACGGUGAACUAUGGCUUGAAUCAGUGGUGGAAUUCAAAUUUUUUUGACUACUGGUUCUGUUGGCAUGGAGUGGCUUGGUGGGCGUGGCAGGGGAAGGAUACUGCAAAAUCCCCAUUCUCACCCCACUCCUGGGGGAAGGAUACUGCAAAAUCCCCAUUCCCACCCCACUCCUGGGGGAAGGAUACUGCAAAAUCUCCAUUCCCACCCCAUUCCACAGGAAGGAUACGGCAAACUCUCCAUUCCCACCACACUCCUGGGCGAAGGAUGCUGCAAACUCUCCAUUCCCACCCCACUCCUGGGGGAAGGAUACUGCAAAUCCCCAUCCUCACCCCUCCUGGGGGAAGGAUACUGCAAAAUCCCCAUUCCCACCCCACUCCUGGGGGAAGGAUACUGCAAACUCUCCAUUCCCACCCCACUCCUAGGGGAAGGAUACUGCAAAUUCUCCAUUCCCACCACACUCCUGGGCGAAGGAUGCUGCAAACUCUCCAUUCCCACCCCACUCCUGUGGGAAGGAUGCUGCAAAAUCUCCAUUCCCACCCCAUUCCAGGGGAAGGAUACGGCAAAAUCUCCAUUCCCACCCCACUCCUGGGGGAAGGAUACUGCAAACUCUCCAUUCCCACCCCACUCCUGGGGGAAGGAUACUGCAAAAUCUCCAUUCCCACCCCAUUCCAGGGGAAGGAUACGGCAAAAUCUCCAUUCCCACCCCACUUCUGGGGGAAGGAUACUGCAAAGUCUCCAUUCCCACCCCACUCCUGGGGGAAGGAUACUGCAAACUCUCCAUUCCCACCCCACUCUGGGGCCAGCCAGAGGUGGUAUUUGCCAGUUCUCCGAACUACUCAGAUUUUCCGCUACCGGUUCUCCAGAACCUGUCAGAACCUGCUGAAUGGCACCCCCUGGCUUGAAUAGGUGGAAAGAAACGUCUAGCAAGUUGAGAGUCAGUAUCCGAGGCUUUGCUCCUGUUUGUAAGGGAACGAGGAUAUUUUUCAGUGUCUAAAACAAGUUCUGCAGCUCCAACAAAGCCCGAUUGUUCUCUGGAGAGGAUUCAGAGGUAGUAAGUUGUCAGUAUUAAUUCAUUUAAUGCAUUAAUUUAAUGGGGGUAUUGUGGUUACAGCUUUUAUCCAGUCUGGUAGCAAACUUUUUUUUUUUAAAUAAACAAAAAUCUUUAUGCAGUUGGGUGUUGUUUCAGUGAUCCAGGCACGCAGAUAUAAUAAAAAGAAAAUACGAUUUCUAUUUGGUUUUCAGAUAUAGCACUAAUUGCUUAUGGAGCUUUUGUAGCAACACAACCACCAGUUGCCUAGAUUUUCUUCUGUAUUGGUGCAAAAGGCUAUGCAUAAACCUCUGCAUAUAUUCUAACUUGAUUUUGACUCUCUUUAAACAUCUUUGAAAUAAUACUGUACUAAAACACUUUCCAUCUAUUCCAGAGCUGGAAAAGGGGAAAUAAUCGGAUACUUUCAGGACUAAUUCAAAGCAGCAAUUAAUUUGUAAUGGCAAU